CUUAAAACCCUAAACCCCACGAGCGCGGCGGAGGCGAUCGAAGAGUGUAGAACUUUUGCUCGGUCUUUUUUGCUUGCUUCGCAAGAAGAAGAAGAAGAGGGCGGCGGCGAUGGCGAGGCGGCUGAUCCCGUCGCUGAACCGCGUGCUGGUGGAGAAGCUGGUGCAGCCCAAGAAGAGCGCCGGCGGCAUCCUCCUCCCUGAGACGUCCAAGCAGCUCAACUCUGGUAAAGUGGUGGCUGUUGGCCCUGGCGAACGUGACAAGGAUGGCAAGCUGAUCCCUGUUGCUCUCAAGGAAGGAGACACUGUUCUCCUGCCUGAAUAUGGUGGACUCGAAGUCAAGCUUGCUGCUGAAAAAGAGUACCUUCUCUUCAGAGAGCAUGACAUCUUGGGCACCCUUGUGGACUGAUUUGGAUCGUCAUGAACGCCAUCAGUAAUCAGUUGCGCUAAUGCAAGGCAUGUUUUUUUAGUAUUGGAUCGACGGGACACAAUCCUCCAGACACAACUGUCUUUUAUGAUGUCGUAGAAUUUUGGCUAAGAACAUCAUGAACUUGCAAAAGAUUGUUGCUUCCUUUUAUCUGUUGCGAUGAAAUUCAGUAAACGUUAACGCAUCUGAAGAGCCUCUUCCUUUUUAA